AUGUUGUGGGCUUCCUCCGUAAUCCUGCUGACGUUGCUGAGUGUAAUUCAAAAUUCUCAGCAGAAAUCGGCGAUCUACGAUUUCAAAACUAUAUUCCAUACCCCUGAUACGAGGUACGAUGAUCACGAGAUCUUGGAGAGAGCAAAUUUUGGAACGGAAGAGGAGGUGACGGAUGCGAAGAGCGAUGGAACGAAAGCAGUGGCAAACGCUCAGGUUUUGUUGCAUUUCAACGAAAAACCUGUCGCGCAUUCGUGCUCGAAUGGCUAUCAGAUCUAUUAUGAUCCUAGGACGCAUUACAUGAUGAUGCCACCUCCACCUCAUCCACCAAUGCUACCACCACCACCACAUCAACCACCUCAACCACCUAUUCAACCGCAACCAAAUGUGCAGCAAACUUAUCCAUAUUACAUGAGACCUCCAUCUUACGGACACUACCAAGCCGGAUAUCACUCUUACCUCUUUCCAUAUCCUCCUUAUUAUCCCCAUCAGCCACCUGUGACACCUCAAUCGACGGCAACGCCAUCUCCGAAUCCUCCUUGCAUCAGUGAAGCUACCGUUCCUCCUACUGUCACCCAGACACCUGUCACCGCUGCACCGGAACCCACGACUAUGCCAAAAAUUGUUUGCCCGUUUACCAAAGGUCCAAUUAUACAGCAACCACCAAAUCUUAGAGCAAGCGAAACCUUAAUUACCACCGUCAACUAUCCUUCAUCAACAACAACUGCCAUUUCGACAGAAAUAACUGACGUGCCAGAAACAACUGACAUCGUUUCCACGGCAAUGCCUACUACGACCGAAUUUUUUGAAACUGACGCUCCGACAGAUAAUCCUACCACAAGAGUCAUCGAGAUCAAAACUACAGAGAUUGUAACCGAAACAACCAAUAUUCCAACAACUGAGUCUGGUGUUGAAGACGAACCUACAACAACAGAGAUUGGAACACAACCACAGAGAUUGAAACAACUGAAUCUGAAUUUGUUUCUAAGGAACAAAUCCACAACUACAUUUCACAGAAGACUACUACAACGACUUACCACAGAAAUUGAAACAACUGAAUCUGAAUUUGUUUCUACAGAAAUUUCCACAACACCAGAUGACAUUUUAAUUGCUACAGAAGAACCAACUACAACAGAAACUUCAAUAACCACAGAAACUGUAACAACUCCAGAAACGACAACUACUGCAGAAACAACUUCAACUACAACAGAAUUGCCUAUAGCUACUACAGAACUGUUGCCUUCUGAUCCAUUCGAUACAACAACGACAACAGCGAAAACGGAAACGAGCACAGAAGCUGUGAUUAAUUCUUUCCAGGAGUGCACGAUCAUCACAGAUUUGGCUAACGCUCCAGUCAAUAUGACUAAGUUUAUAGGAAAAACCGGUGUAUUCUUGGACAAAAAUUGGAAAUGUUACAUAUACAAACCAUGCGAAAUGCAAGCUAAAAAUGAGACUGAAACGACAACGAUCACCACUGUGACCACUGUGGAACCAACAACGAAAGAUCCGAAUUACUCGAUCGAAGUUUACAAUUGCCCUCACGAGAAUCCUGACGAUAAAGAUGCUUUGAACGUUUACAUCACCAGUAAUAAGGGUGAAGACGUUAUUUCAACAGAUUUAAUCGAUAAACUAACAGAGUUCUUCCAAGAAGAAGUGAACGGUUCGAAUUUCAAUCUCUUCGUUUCAGAAGAUUUCCUCAAUUUGAAUAACACAGAGAAACCUAGAGCAAUAAUCGAUGAAAAUGUGAGUGCACCGAAUAUAUAUUUCUAUAAGGGAGACGAGAAAAAAACUCUGGAGGAGUUGGAGCAGGAAGGAGUGCAGGAGAUUAGCGAUGCGGAUAUUGAGAAAAUUACGGAAUUGGUCGAGAAUUUGGAACCGAAAAAGAAAAGUUGCAAGGAUAUUGUCGUGCAUAAAAUUAGCAGGAGAUCGGGUCCGUGCGAAAUAUGCGAAGAGCUGAAGAGGAAAGGUAAAAGCGACGAAGAGAUCUUCAGGGCUAUUUUGGAGGCGUGCAAAUCGAAAAUUGUUGCAUCCGCACCAUCGAAACCGGAAACUACAAAGAAAGCUACACAACAACCAGAAAUUACGCCUAAACCUAAACCGAAGCCGUUUCCAACGUACGGCGGUUGUUUGACGUGCAACGGUAAUCCGGACGGUUUCACAGCCGACGUCGAUGAUUUGAAUGUGUACAAAUCUCCUGCGCCAAGGUAUUACGAGAUGCUGAUGCCACCUCCGCAGCAGACACCGAUCGAAUACUACUAUCAGCCGCAACCACAGCAACCUAACAUCUACGAUAUGCUGUCUCCAAGCAACGGAUACUACUUUGCUCCGUCUCCAAGGAAACAAUUAAAUUAUCCUCAGUUCUCUCAAUUGUCUGGAAACUAUCCGAACGGCCGUGCCUGUCCAAACUGCGCCCCGUACAGGGGCGAACUAAACUUUUAAUUUAUUACGUGUACCAAGUCCAGUAUUUAUGUGUUAUAUAUUUCGUUUGU